CAUCUCUCUCCAGGCAAAGCCCUACAAGGAAAAGCCUCCUCCUCGCCGUCUAGCCGCCGCCCACGUCGCCGUCUUGCCGCCACCCACGUCGCCGCGAGCACGCCGCCCAGCACCAGCUAACGAACUUUGGAUCGCCGGGGCUCAAGCUCGACUAAAAAAAAUACGAUUUGAUUUCUAUUUUUACUUCUUUGUUUAAUUUUCUAAGCAUUCAUCUCUUGGAGAAAUCUCAAAUGGCGGACGCGUUUAGGCUGGGCUUCAUCGGCGCCGGGAACAUGGCAGAGAGCAUUUCCAGGGGCGUCAUCAAGGCUGGUGUCCUGCCUCCAUCCAGCAUCCGCACUGCCCAUCGUUGCCCGAAGCGCCGUAGCGUCUUCCAGUCCUUUGGGGUUCAAAUCCUUGAGACCAACCAACAGGUUGUUGAUGACAGUGACAUAAUUAUUCUCUCGGUGAAACCUCAAGUUGUUAAGGAAGUCUUGUUGGAGCUCAAACCCUUCUUUACUGAACAAAAACUUCUGGUCUCAAUUGCUGCUGGAAUUAAAUUAAAAGCUCUGCAGGAAUUGUCUGGUCACAAGCGAAUAAUUAGGGUCAUGCCAAAUACUCCAUCAGCAGUUGGUGAAGCUGCAUCAGUUAUGUGUACUGGAGAGAUGGCAACUAAGAUAGAUGAAGAACGAGUUUCUUCUUUGUUCAAAGCAAUUGGAAAAAUAUGGACUGCAGAAGAGAAGUAUUUUGAUGCUAUAACUGGUUUGAGUGGUAGUGGUCCGGCAUAUAUAUAUUUAGCUAUAGAGGCCCUAGCAGAUGGUGGAGUAGCUGCUGGCCUUCCACGAGAGCUAGCCCUUGGGCUUGCAUCUCAAACGGUACUAGGAGCAGCAGCUAUGGUGAACCAAACGGGGAAACAUCCGGGGCAGCUUAAAGAUGCAGUUGCAUCACCGGCAGGGACUACCAUUGCGGGGAUUCAGGAGUUGGAGAAAGGUGCAUUUCGAAGCAACUUGAUCAGUGCGGUUGUCGCUGCCACGAAGCGGUGCCGAGAACUUUCGCAGUCAUAAUAGCCUCUUGAUUUGCUGCAAUCAGGAAUAAGGUAGUAAAAUCCACUUUGGAGGUUUUGCAGGUAGAUGACAAUAUCUGUUUGGAUGCCAUUUUGGGAAGCAGUAAGCAGAGAUAAAUUUAUGAUCAUGCAUGUUGUGUCAGCAAUUUAGUUUUGUUUGGAUUUGACAAAUAAUCUUGGUUCAUAAUACUUGUGAGAAGCUCUUCUAAGACCAUUUACUAAUGAGAAUUACUUAACACCCCCAUCAAGUUCAGCUGAUA